AUGUCGUGGGAACACCGACGCGUUUUGGUGUUCGGCCUCGUGGAGGCAGUUCCGCCCCGCUCAUCGCCUCCAGCCUCUCGCCUCAACAGGAUACUACAAGACUCUGCUGAUGUUUCAUCCUCGAUGGAAUCGCUAGCGGCAGAAUUGGCAGAGCUGUCUGCAGACGAAAUAGGUCUCAUCGACGCAGCCUACAGUGAAGUUCUGGCAGAAAGGGGGUUAGCAGACGCUAACGAGACUGUCUGCUACGGGAAGCUGUUGAAGCUUGGAACUUUGAAAGGUCGAACAUGGGUAGAGAAAUGGGAGAAAGUGAAACCCAAACGAAUCGCGGCCCCUCCACGCACUCGACCCGCUGCGCCUUCGAUGCAGCAGAAAUCGUCGCCCUAUGGCCAAGCUUGCAGCGUCUCCGAUAUUUUCAAUCCUUCCGACAUUGACAGCACGACCGACUUUGCCGAGUCGACACCGCGACUACAAACUCGCGUCAGCCGUGUCACAAAUCGACCUGCAGCACCUCCCCCAGAGCGAAUGACGCGUCAAUUUGGUAGGGCAUUGCCAACCACACGACCCUAUAGUGGGGAGUCCAGUCGAACACAUCGGCCAAGCUCUCCAACGAAAUUGAAUCGGCCAAUUUCGCCUACGAAACCGUACCAACCCAACAUCCAGACCAAGCCCCGCACUACGGUUCAUACCACAUCAAAAUUCCAUCCUAAUCCUGUUCCUGCCCAAGAAACUCCGAAAUCCAGGGUAAGGACUGUCAACGAAGCGGAAGCGUGGAGGAGAAUACAGAUGGAACGGGACGAACAGAACGCAGACCUGUUUUACCAGGACAAGCUGACGGAGCGGUUCUGGACGAUGUGGAGACAAGGUCACGAGUGGAUUACAACCACUAGCGAGCAAGUCGCAAAUGCCCGUGAACGCCUUAUAGUGGAGCAAUCCCUUCAAAGAUGGAGGGAUAAAUUCACGCUCCAACGCAAUCGCGUCCAGCUUGCGGACCAAUUCGCGAAAUUACUGGUCUUUAAACGCUGGUACGGCAGGCUAGAGGAGGUUCGACACCGAAAGCGGCGCCAAGAAAUUCGACAGGAAAUGCGACUCAACAUGAAGAAGAUUCGCGACAAAUGGGAGCACCGAGUUACUCUUGAAGCAUGGAACCGAUGGCGCCAGGCCCAUCGGCUUCUACUGCUUUCAGAGAAGUGCAACGAACUUGUCGUUCAACGAUUCUAUGCUGCCUGGAGGAGCAAGUGGCUGCGAAUAGGAGAUUCCAGUGCUCGUGCCGAAGAAUUUCUUUACGCACAAGAAACUAGAGUUGUCAGGACAGCCUGGCGGCAAUGGAGGAAGGCAACUCAAUUCAAAAUACUGGAGGCGACCAUGCGCAGACGAGUCGAACUUCGCAUUCAAGACAAUGCUCUCACUCGCUGGCGGCAGAGUCUGCGCGAUUGCAAUACUGCAAGUGAUUUCUACGAGCACACCUUGAAGAGAUUGGUGAUCGCUAAGUGGAGAAAUGCCGUGGAACGUGUGGACGCCAUGGAACGUCGGGCAGACAGACAAUUAGCUAAAUCGGAUAUUGUCUUCUUGUUCGCCUUGAUGAAAAUCUGGAAGGACAAGGUGAACGGGAAUGUGCUGGAACGCAGGCGGAUCCUCAGGACUAAGCACUCAGUGCUUGAAGCAUGGGAGCGGAAACUUCACCAACGGCAGGCUGAUUAUGCCCUUGCUGACAGGUUUAGCCAGCGGCCUGGCCUGGCCAUCGUCAUAAACUGUUUUGCACAGUGGCGGCACGCGUACCACGAGCUGCAAUCCGUCCUACGAAUGGCUGACACUUUGUACAAUGACAACACCAUGGCCAAAGUGAUCAUGACCUGGAGGAAAGGUUUGCGGAAUAAACUAAAGAUGAUCAAGAUGGCUCGUGCGGCCCACAAGUAUUUCCUCACACGCCAGAUGUAUGCCCGAUGGAAAGAGAAAGUGGAAGAAAGGAAGAGAGAACGGUUAUUGCAAGUCUACUUGUUAGCUAUACAGAAGCGGAGAUUCCAAGCCUGGCUGACGAAGACACGGGUGAGGACGAGCAGGGAAGCUGCCGUCCAGGCUUUCUUACUCCACAGGGACAAACGUACUCUCAAUGCCGCACUCGUUCGUUGGGUCCGUCGCACGGUGGAAAUCAAAGAGCGGGAGUUCCAGAUUACCGAACAGUGCAAAAUGAUUACCCAGAUUUCAACUUUCAACAAAUGGAAACAGUAUUACAAGCGAAGGGCGGAGCAGAGAAGUCUCUUAGAGAACUAUCACUUGGUUCGGCGAGAAGAACUGCUUCAUCGAGUCUUCAGCCGUUGGAUGGCACUCACGCGACUGGCACGUAGUAGGAGGCAAGUACUCCAUGACGCUGAAGAAGAGGUCCGUUUGCGCACCUUGGAAAAGUAUUGGGAAAUCUGGAGAGAGAGGAGGCUGAAAGAUGCGGAGGACGAAUUUCUGCUCCGUUGGAAUGGAAACACGGUUCGCACUCACUUCAGGCGAUGGUAUGAUAAGACAAAGACUCCACCAGCCAUCCAAUUCCAUGCUGUACGGGUGAAGCGGCGAUACUUUGACCUCUGGAAAGAGGGCAUGUCGCGGGCUGUACAGGUGAAGGAGGCGCGUAACUUGCAUCGUGCCCGGCUGCUCGAAACCUAUUUCGUCAAGUGGCUCGAGGCGUGUAAAUUGAAGAAGACGAAGAAGGCGAUAGCUCGUGCUCGAACUCUGAGAUUGCCAACUGCGGUUCCCCGGAACUUACCGCCCCCAGUUCACUCCAGGGUUUACCCUCGACGCGAUCGCUUUCUCGAGGCGCCUUCGAAAGGGCUUGGAACAGUGGACAGCUCUCCCACCCAUGCUCCAUCGGUGAUCUCUUCAACAUACGUUGGGGUUCCUUCUGCAUCUAUCUCCGUCAAGAGUGCAUCCCCUCGUCCCUCGUUUGCUCCGCUCAGUCGCGAUAGGAGCCCGUUCCGGUCAGGCGAAGCCACCCCGUUGUCCCGAACACGAAGCGAGGACGGCAUUGCCCCAGCCCUUGUGAAGAAAGCCCCAAGCUCCGUGACUUCCCUUGAUGCUCCAAUGACAAGAAGAGUGUGGCCUGACCUCUCGCGGAGACCACGGUUGCAUAUCCCCAAGUAA